AUGUCUUUGACCAACACAAAGACGGGGUUUUCUGUAAAGGACAUCCUAGACCUCCCUGACACCAAUGAUGAAGAGGGAUCCCUCGUUGAAGGAGCGGAUGAAGAGAACGAGGGGUCGGAACCACCCAAGAAAUCCGGCGUUCUGGGGCAAAACCCGCUGGAGGGGGUUCAAACUCUGCCUUUGAAAAACCCUUUCUAUGAUACCAGUGAUAAUCCCUAUACGCGUUGGCUGGCCAGCACGGAAAGCAUCCAGUAUUCCUUGCACGGGCUGGCCUCCGGCAACUCCCAGCAGGACUCCUCCAGCAAAUCCCCCGACCCCUCCGCCGACGAAUCCCCGGACAACGACAAGGAGACGUCCAGCGCCGGCGACUCCGGCAAGAAGAGGAAGAGGAGGGUGCUCUUCUCCAAGGCUCAGACCUACGAGCUGGAGAGGCGGUUCCGACAACAGCGGUACCUGUCCGCCCCCGAGCGGGAGCACCUGGCCAGCCUCAUCCGCCUCACGCCCACCCAGGUGAAGAUCUGGUUCCAGAACCACAGGUACAAGAUGAAGAGGGCCCGGGCUGAGAAAGGUAUGGAAGUGACUCCUCUCCCCUCCCCACGCCGGGUAGCAGUGCCCGUCUUAGUCAGGGACGGCAAACCCUGCCACACGCUCAAAGCUCAGGACUUAGCCGCCGCCACUUUCCAGGCUGGGAUCCCCUUCUCCGCCUAUAGCGCCCAAUCGCUUCAGCAUAUGCAAUAUAACGCCCAGUACAGCUCCGCCAGCAACCCCCAGUACCCUACAGCGCAUCAUUUGGUGCAGGCCCAACAAUGGACUUGGUGA